CCCCGCGCCGCGGCGCCCGGACCGCCCGGGCCUGCCCAGCGGCCGCCCCACGCCCCGGGCGCCCCGGCGCCGACAGCCGCGCAGCGCAGCGCGGGCGCCGCAGACAAAGGCGCGGCCCCGGCCCGGCCCGCCCGGCCCAGCAGCUCCCGCUGGGAGCCCCGACCGGGUCCGGCCCGGGGGGCGGGGGCCGCGGCCGCCGAGGAUGGGGAAAUCCAACAGCAAGUUGAAGCCCGAAGUUGUGGAGGAGCUGACCAGGAAGACCUACUUUACUGAGAAGGAGGUCCAGCAGUGGUAUAAAGGCUUCAUCAAGGAUUGCCCCAGUGGGCAGCUGGAUGCAGCAGGCUUCCAGAAGAUCUACAAGCAAUUCUUCCCGUUCGGAGACCCCACCAAGUUUGCCACGUUUGUUUUUAACGUCUUUGACGAAAACAAGGACGGGCGGAUCGAGUUCUCCGAGUUCAUCCAGGCGCUGUCGGUGACCUCGAGGGGGACCCUGGAUGAGAAGCUGCGGUGGGCCUUCAAACUCUAUGACUUGGACAACGACGGCUACAUCACCAGGAAUGAGAUGCUGGACAUUGUGGAUGCCAUUUAUCAGAUGGUGGGGAACACCGUAGAGCUCCCAGAGGAGGAGAACACUCCAGAAAAGAGAGUGGACCGGAUCUUUGCCAUGAUGGACAAGAAUGCCGACGGGAAGCUGACCCUGCAGGAGUUCCAGGAAGGGUCCAAGGCGGACCCGUCCAUCGUGCAGGCGCUGUCCCUCUACGACGGGCUGGUAUAGUCCUGGGCCAAGCCGGAGCGGGAUGCCUGGGAACCACUCACCUCCUCCUGUGCCAUGAGGCCGCCUCAGCCCCAACACCACCCCCGUGUGCCCACCCAGCCUUCUUCCGCAUCCACACACAGCCGGCUGCCCUUGACCCGGGAGGCCCCGGCUCUCCUCUCCCCUGCCCCGCACCCACCCGCCGCCUGAAGCCACCGGCUCCAAUCGCCAACAACCUCUGCUUGUCCGGAAAACGGCAACGCGAAAUGGAAAAGGCUACAGCCCUCUGCAAAACCAAGGACUCGGCUGCCUCGCCGGCUGCGUCUCCGUUCCUCCCGCUCUCUUGCGCGUGUGCUUUUGUUUUUUAUUUCGAACAGACAUUUUAAAAGGAAAAAAAAAAAGCAACUACCUUCUAUCCUAGAAGACACAGACUGACAGAUGGGGAGAAGGCCUGGGGACCUCAGAGAACUCUGCCUGGCCCCUGUCCCUCGCCCCUCGGCAGCCAGAGAGGCUGUGGGCGGGCCGGGGGUGUUGGGGGGUUCUGCCUGGUCCACGUUCUUUGUCGUCCCAUCUUUUAGCAGCACCACCUGCGUGGCUAGGAUGAUUCAUUAUGAGGAUGAUGGUUUUUUUGUGACAACAGUAUUGUGCUUUUUGUGGGGAAAGUGAGGUUUUUUUUUUUUUAUAUAUACAUAUAUAAUUGAUAUCUUUUAUUUAUUGGUUGUUAACUGUUGCUGCUGCCUCGUGUGUCCUCAGCUCCCAGGGCUGGGGGCCACCGUUUACAUGUGCACGCCCUGACCCACCUGCCCACACUGACUUGGGAGGAUGGUGGCCUGCAGCGGCCAAGAAGCCAAAAAAAAAAGUCCUUUUUUUUUUUU